GAGCUGUGAGCUCUCAGAUAACCACGUAUGCCGGCCAGCGAUAUGCAAAUCACAUGGAUGAAUUCCCAUCUCGAGACUCCCCGCGCUUAAGUUAGUCAGAGUGGACUCCGAGACCUCAACUCCGUCGGGGACACGUACGAGAGCCAGCGUGUGCGUGCGUGACUCGUGGGGUGACCAUGGAGAAGACGACGGCCGCGCACGGCGGGGGCGCCCGCUGGCUGCCUCGCCUCGUCCUGCUCGCCAUCCUGUCCGCCACGCCGUGGCUCCUCAUCGUCUACUGCCACCGCGCGGCGCCCGUCAGGGCGCCGCGCCAGUCGCUCGUCACCGCCGCCCCCGCGUCCGGCCGCGAGGACGGCGCCCAGCCGCGCUUCCCAUCCGUCCAGGAGCAGCAGGUCAAGAAGCUCCUGAUCGCCUCCGCGGCCGGGGGCGAGGUGCGCCGGAGCAGUGACGUUGGCGUCGCUGGGGAGGACGCGUGCCGCGGGCGGUACCUGUACGUCCAUGACCUGCCCCCGCGGUUCAACGCCGACGUCCUCGCCGACUGCAAGCAUUGGUACCCGUGGAUCGACAUGUGCCAGUACCUCGUCAACGGCGGCCUCGGCGAGCCCCUGGACAACGCGGACGGCGUGUUCGCCGACGAGGGCUGGUACGCCACCGACCACUUCGGCCUCGACGUCAUCUUCCACGCCCGCGUCCGGCAGUACGAGUGCCUCACCGACAACUCAUCCCGCGCCGCCGCCGUCUUCGUGCCGUUCUACGCUGGGUUUGACGUCGUGCGGAACCUGUGGAGCAACAACGCCACGGACAAGGACGCCGCGGCGGUCGAGCUCGUCGACUGGCUGACGCGGCGGCCCGAGUGGCGCGCCAUGGGCGGGCGCGACCACUUCUUCAUGUCCGGGAGGACGGCGUGGGACCACCAGCGGCAGACGGACAGCGACUCGGAGUGGGGAAACAAGCUGCUCCGUUUACCGGCGGUGUGGAACAUGACGGUGCUGUUCGUCGAGAAGGUGCCGUGGACGGACUUCGACUUCGCCGUGCCGUACCCGACCUACUUCCACCCGGCGAAGGACGCGGACGUCCUCCAGUGGCAGCAGCGGAUGCGAGGCAUGAAGCGGGAGUUCCUCUUCUCCUUCGCCGGCGGCGAGCGUCCCGGCGAUCCGAACUCCAUCCGGCACCACCUCAUCCGGGAGUGCGGCGCCUCCAGCUUCUGCAACCUGGUGCAGUGCCGGAAGAGCGAGAAGAACUGCCUCGUGCCCAGCACCUUCAUGCGCGUCUUCCAAGGGGCGCGCUUCUGCCUGCAACCACCGGGCGACACGUACACACGGCGGUCGGCGUUCGACGCCAUCCUCGCCGGCUGCGUGCCGGUGUUCUUCCACCCGGACUCCGCGUAUAGGCAGUACAGGUGGCACCUCCCCGACGACCGCGACUCUUACUCCGUGUUCAUCUCCGAGGAGGACGUGCGCAGCGGCAACGCCAGCAGCGUCGAGGAGACGCUCCGGCGGAUCCCGCAGGAGGUGGCGGAGCGGAUGACGGAGACGGUGAUCGGGCUGAUACCACGGCUGGUGUACGCGGACCCGAGGUCGAAGCUGGAGACGCUCAGGGACGCCGUGGAUGUCACGUUGGAGGCGGUCAUCGACAGGGUCAGCGAGCUUAGGAAGGAGAUGGGUCAUGGCGAUCUGACGCAAACGGGGACGAAGGUUUCUAGCAAAGUCAAGGCAGAUAAUUAGGGAGGAUAAUCGAUGGUGCAACGCAGCGAUGCAUUGUGACAGAACAUGUUGAGCUUGUUUGUACUAAAAGUCUACUCCCUCCGUUCCUAAAUAUUUGUCUUUCUAGAGAUUUCAACAAGUGACUAC